GGUGGACGGGAGCCCCCCCAGGAGUACCGAGCCGGCGGCAUUGUGGAGAGCAUCGACCGGACCUACUCCGGGGGCGGCAAGGUGGGUUACCUCCUCUAUUUGGGGGGGAGGCGUUUCCUGCUGGAUCUGGAGAAGGACGCGCUGCUCGGCUCCCCCGCGCAGCUGCUGCGGGGCAAGGGGCGCUGCUAUUACCGGGGCACGGUGGACGGGAGCCCCCAGUCCUUGGCCGUCUUCGACCUGUGCGGCGGCUUGGACGGCUACUUUGCGGUCAAGCACGCCCGCUAUACGGUGAAGCCUUUGCUGGGGUCGGGACAAGCGGCGGGGGAGGAUCCUGCGAAGGAGCGGGUCUACGGCGAUGACUCUGCCCGGGUGCUACAUCUCUUCUUCAGGGACCAUUUCAGCUUCGAGACUUUGCCUUCCCGGCCCAGCUGCGAGACGCAAGGCGCCUCCAAGCUUCCUUUGCUGGGGCGCAAGAGACUGGGCGAGAAGCCGGGCGAGGAAGUGGAGACGGAUCUCACCACCAGGGCGGCGCUCGCCUCUCAGAUCUUUGCCCCGCUGGCUGGCUCCAGAAAGAGGCGUUCGGUCUCCAGGGCCCGCCAGGUGGAGCUUCUCCUGGUGGCAGAUGACUCCAUGGCCAAGAAGUAUGGCAAGGGCCUCCAUCACUACCUGUUGACCUUGGCCACCAUUGCCUCCCGGCUUUACGGGCAUGCCAGCAUUGAGAACCACAUCCGACUGGUGGUGGUGAAGGUGGUGGUACUGGGGAACAAGGAGAAAGGGUUGGAGGUCAACAAGAAUGCUGCCACCACCCUCAAGAACUUCUGCAAGUGGCAGCACCAACACAACCAGCUGGAUGAUGAACAUGAGGAACAUUAUGAUGCUGCCAUCCUCUUCACCCGUGAGGAUUUAUGUGGGCAUCAUUCAUGUGAUACUCUGGGAAUGGCUGACGUUGGAACCAUAUGCUCUCCUGAGCGCAGCUGUGCAGUGAUUGAAGAUGACGGCCUCCAUGCGGCUUUUACAGUGGCUCACGAAAUUGGGCACCUCCUUGGACUUUCCCAUGAUGACUCCAAAUUCUGUGAAGAGACCUUUGGUUCCAUGGAAGACAAAAGACUCAUGUCUUCCAUUUUAACAAGUAUUGACGCUUCCAAACCAUGGUCCAAAUGCACUUCGGCAACAAUAACAGAAUUUCUGGAUGAUGGCCAUGGUAACUGUUUACUGGAUCAACCACGAAAACAGAUCUUGGGCCCUGAGGAACUUCCAGGACAAACAUAUGAUGCUAUUCGUCAAUGCAAGCUGGCAUUUGGGCCUGAAUACACAGUGUGUCCUGGAAUGGAUGUGUGCUCUCGUCUGUGGUGUGCAGUUGUUCGCCAAGGUCAAAUGGUGUGUUUGACCAAAAAACUCCCUGCUGUGGAGGGGACACCAUGCGGAAAAGGAAGGAUCUGCCUCCAGGGAAAAUGUGUUGAUAAAACAAAGAAAAAAUAUUAUUCGGCUUCAAACCAUGGGAACUGGGGGUCGUGGGGGCCUUGGGGACAAUGUUCUCGAACAUGUGGAGGAGGUGUUCAGUUUGCCUAUCGUCACUGCAAUAACCCAGCCCCUAGAAACAACGGACGAUACUGCACAGGAAAGCGAGCCAUCUAUCGCUCUUGUAACGUCAUGCCUUGUCCUGCCAAUGCUAAAGCUUUUCGCCAGGAACAGUGUGAAGCAAGAAAUGGCUACCAGUCAGAUGCAAAAGGGGUCAAAACCUUUGUAGAAUGGGUCCCCAAGUAUGCUGGAGUGUUGCCGGGAGAUGUUUGCAAGCUCACCUGUCGAGCCAAAGGAACUGGCUACUAUGUUGUUUUCUCUCAAAAGGUGACUGAUGGAACGGAGUGUAGGCCAUAUAGCAAUUCAAUCUGUGUCCGUGGCAAGUGUGUGAGAACGGGAUGUGAUGGCAUUAUUGGCUCAAAGCUCCAAUACGAUAAAUGUGGCAUCUGUGGUGGAGACAAUUCCAGCUGCACAAAAAUUAUGGGAACCUUUAAUAGAAAGAGUAAGGGCUACACAGAUAUUGUGAAAAUACCAGAAGGAGCAACACACAUCAAAAUAAGACAGUUCAAAGCUAAAGACCAGAGCAGAUUUACAGCUUACUUGGCCCUGAAAAAGAAAAAUGGUGAAUACCUUGUCAAUGGAAAAUACAUGAUCUCAACCUCAGAAACCAUCAUUGACCUCAAUGGAACUGUCAUGAACUAUAGCGGCUGGAGUCAUAAAGAUGAUUACCUGCAUGCAAUGGGACAUACAGGCACAAAGGAGAUCCUUAUAGUCCAGAUUCUUGCAACUGAUCCAACUAAACCAGUGGAUGUCCGUUACAGUUUCUAUGUGCCAAAGAAGCCGACCGAAAUAGCAAACUCUGUAACUAGCAAGAGCAGUAGUAACAAACUGAUAGCACCACUCACACAACCCCAAUGGGUGACUGGACCAUGGCUUUCUUGUUCUCGAACAUGUGAUACAGGCUGGCACACAAGAACUGUCCAGUGUAAAGAUGGGAAUGAUAAAUUAGCUAAAGGAUGUCUUCUGUCUCAAAGACCUUCUGCAUUCAAGCAGUGCUCACUCAAGAAAUGUUAACCUGUGGUUGCAGGCUUCUUGACAAGGAGUCUCAUUAAGUCAUAGUCAACAUAACUGGCAUAAGAUCUACAGAAGAAAGCCAACACUUCAAAAUACUUUCAUGUUGUCUGAAAUUAUGGGCAGAAUCUGCCUGUUUGGACCAAAUGAAGACAUGCACUGCUCUGAGUGAAAGUGAGGAGAUCUUAAUAUGUCAAAUGCACUAAGCAUUAGUUGUCACAAGCCCUUUGUAUCUGCAAAUAAGAAGAGGAUAAACCAGUGAAGGGGUGAUCAUGGGAUAUCUCAAGGUUACAGAAUCAUCUCCCUUUUUUCACCUACCUCUUAACACAGUAUGUCUUUAGAAAGUUGUCAUACUUACCCAUGAUACCACAAUAGCUUAUUUUAUACUGUUUGUAAAUAUGUUUGAUUUUGGUAUGUCAUUUUAUAUCACUUGCUCUUCUUGGGAAAGAACAACAGUCUUUCUAUAUGACACAAGUGACUGACCAAAGUAUGUCUGCAGUAUUUUUUUUUUCAGAAAAAAAAUUGCUGUGGAUAUUUUACUGGAAAAUUAAGAGCUUGCUGCUUUUUAAAAAGAUGUAAUACAUUUCUGACAACAGGAAAUACAUUUCCAUUCUAGGAAUUUCCUGACAACAGUUUUGUUCUAUGUUAAUGCCUUUCUAACAAGAAAUAUUCACCUAGGUGCAUCUCUGCAGCAAUAAAAGAAGCUGCUAAGAAUGCUUCUUUAAAACAAAAAAGGGCAUACUUUAUUCAGUAUUAGCAUUUUAGAGAACAAAACAACAAUAAUGAAAAAUGCUGAAGAUAUCCCAGUGUCAAAUGUGCCGCUUUCUCUGUGGUACAAAGAGCAAUGGCGAAGAACAGUAGGGAGGAACUCAAUAUGCAGGAAGUCUUUCUUAUGUGAAAGGCACCAUUCCCUUGUUAAUUGGUCAGGGUUCUAUGCCAGCAGUAGGAGGGUCUGAGGCUAGUGGUAGGUGAAGCCAUCUUUUUUUUCUUCUUUCCUUUCAAUUUAUUCACUCCCUCUUACUCAUUUCUCUUCCCUGCUGAAAAAGGCUACUGGAGAGGAGCAGAUCACUCUUUGCCUGGAAAGGUCUGAACUAAUUGUUUGCAGAGGAAGGUUGAAAUUAGGCCAAGGAUGGCAUCUGGUUACUAGAUCACAGGUUGCGCACCCCUGUUGCUAAGACAAGAAUUCCAUGAGGCUCCUGUUUGGAGUGUCUUCUAAUUAAAAAAUUCUGACACCUACUCAUAUUUUUUUUUCUUUGAUAGUUCAGUGGCUACUAGAAAGCUGACAACAUGUAAUGAGUUUGCUAUCUACUGAAAAGCUAUGAUGAAGCUAAAAAUCAUAGCAAAUAUUUUUUGAACACAGCAAUAUUUUGUAUAGUACUUUUAAUUCUGGAGUGCAUUACACCACUCAAAAAUCCCCAAUUCAGAAAGCUGCACAUGCUCAUGAGUGAACAUUGAUAUUGGGUGAACAAAUUGCUCUAUUAUUUUAAUGAAGGAUAGGCAGUCUCUGCACAUGUAGAUUAAAUCCUUCGAUUAAUGUGAAGGGGGCUUUUUUUUCCCAAGUGCAACUCAAAACUCUCAAGUCUGUAAAUGGUGUAUGGGUAGGGGUACCCAUACACAAUUUUUUUUUUUUGGCUGUGGAUAUUUUCAUCUUAAUUUCUUUUUAUGAGAAAGGAUAGUUUUAGUUUUAUUUUUUGAAACAUUGCAUAUUUUUGUAGAUCAGAAAUGUAAUCCUAAACUCACUUACUUGGGAGUAAGCACUACUGAAUUCAAUAGGAUUUACUUUUGAGUAGAUAUGUAUAGGAUUGACUUGUAAGGCCCACAAGAAAGCCAGACUCCAUUCAUAAGUCGUGGUUCUAGCCAUUGUUCAUAAAAGUAUUUCCAAACAGCAAAUGAUUUCCCUUCAGAAUUAUAGGCGAAUGAUUUUUUUUCCUUUUAGAAAGGUAACAUAAAUACCUCAUUUGAAAUCUAAUGAAAUAAAUUAACUUUUGGGUCAUGUUUAUAUAAUAUGUAUGAAAUAUUAAAUAGGUAUAUAAAUAUGGAUGAAAAUAGAUUCCACCUCUGGUCCCAGUGCCUUCCAUAAAUGUUAUAAGUACAAGCAAUUUUAACAUUCAAAUGAAACUUCCAUGAGAAUGUUGUUACAGAUUUCAGCAGUAUCAGGACCAUAUCUCAGUACUGAAAUGUAACUUUUGUCACUGUUGUAAUCUAAGAUCCUUCAACAUUUACAUUUGCCUUCAACAUCAGGUCCUGAUAUUGCUUUGGAACAAUGCUCAGGAUACAUCAUUCUAAGCAUAGUAUAUAUUUUCUGAUAAAGAACAUUUUAGGACUUAGAUCUGGCUUGUGUUGUUAAACUGCUCAAUUUAUAUAAGCUCUGUUUACUUGAGUGAGGCCCAUAGCUCUGAGACAUUUUGAGAAUUAGACUCUGGGAAGAGUGUAAACAUUUCAAUACAAUAACAUUUUCACCUCAGUGGUGCCUCUGUUCAUAAGACUGGAUAAAGAGCAGUCAUUUACAAUAAUUGACAGUAGCACUUUCACAUUUCCAAAUCAUCACCAACAGGCACAUAAUUUAAGGAUAUUAAGUGCAUUUAUUAAAUACACAACAUAGAGAUAAAAAACGUGUUUCUUUUUUUUUAAGUGUGAUCUCCAUGGAAAACACUUACUCUCUGAUUCAGCUCUAGCCAUGUGCAGUUCCAUAUGAUUAGUUUGGAGCAGAAGAGGGCCACAACAUAAACAGCAAAGAGUUCUUGCAGCACAUUAGUUGUAUGUUUUAUAUGGCCUAUGCUUUCAUGGACCGCAGCCCACCACAUCAGAUACUUUUAGCUUAUCUGUGAGGCGCCAUAGGCCUCUUUGUACAAUUAGUUGCAGCACAAUCUAGAUGAGAAUCCAAAUCUAGAUGUACUUCAGGAUCCCUGAAAAGCAAUGGGAUGUGAAUGAGUGAAAUCCACAUUCCUAUGAAUUGUUGUUUCAGGUUACUUAUUACAGGUUAAUUAUUACAUGUGCUUACAAUCUCCUAUGCACUGUAACACUAUCUGUGAUUCUGAGAGUGAGGAAAAAAAUUAGUUCAUGAAUAUUCUGUGGCUGAAAUCCUAUUGAGUAGCUACAUUUGUGUAACUCAAUGUUACACAGGUGGUCGCUGGAAUAGCACCAAGGUAGAAGUGCUAUUAUAUGAAGCAUGUAGGUGCAUUACAACAAGAACUGCAUGCCUGAGCAUCCAGUCCUUGCUACCUGGGCAUGACAUCCAACAAACUAACAUCUACAGUACAUAUGUUUACAUUAUGUGGUGACAUACUGUAUAGGAUUCCAGGCAUAUACCGUUCCAUGUUUUGGAGGUUCCCUGAUUAAUAUCCUUCAGCUUCUCUCUUCGUCUCAUUAAA